AUGCGAGAAAAUCUAGACGGCGAAGAAUAUGAGCUUCUUGACAACGCGAACGUCUGGUCGCGCAGUCCUCACAGACACCGCAUGCGCACACACUAUCGAGACGGGAACGUCAUCGACUGGUGGCAGGAAGAGUCUGCGGAGCGCGAGCGCGCGAAGGAAAUUCACUCAAAGGACGGCCUCAGGGGGAUCCUCGCGCCUUUAUUGGAGGCAGCAAAGAUGUGGUUUGUGAUCGUGGCUACGGGUAUCGGGGUGGGUGUCGCCGGCGGGUGGUUGGAUAUGUUGGUGAAAUGGCUUGGAGAUCUUAAAGAGGGCCGAUGUGCGGAAGGGAUAUUCUAUAACUCUGUCGCUUGCUGUAGUGGUCUUGAUCCCGGAGAAGUUUGUCAUGAAUGGCAGUCUUGGAGUCAGUAUCUUGGCGUAGAAUCGAUACUGGGCCAGUCUUCACUCCAAUCCCUAGUGUAUAUUGCCCUGUCGGUCGCGUUUGCUGCAAGCUCAGCUUUGCUUGUCGUGACUUACGCUCCCUACGCAUUUCAUACCGGUAUUCCAGAAAUCAAAGCAAUUCUAGGCGGCUAUGUCCUAGACUCUUUCUUAAGCUCGUGGACUCUCCUCAUCAAAGCAUUGGGUCUUGCGCUCUCCGUUGCCUCAGGACUCUCUCUUGGGAAAGAGGGACCUCUGGUUCAUGUUUCCUGCUGCAUGGCGUUUCUUCUCUCUCGAUUAUUCAAACAAUUCCGCGACAACGAAGCUCACAAACGGAAAUUGCUGGCUGCGGCCGCGGCCGCUGGCGUAUCUGUCGCAUUCGGGAGCCCGCUCGGCGGUGUCCUUUUCGGCCUCGAAGAGCUGGACACGUUUGCGAACGAGUCAGACGUGAUGUGGCGCGGCUUCGUGACCUCCGUCAUAGCCGCCGUGGCACUACAGUACGUCGACCCAUUCGGGACGAAAAAGCUGGUGUUGUUCCAGGUUACCAAUGGAGGAGACACGUGGCGCGCGUUCGAGCUGAUUCCGUGGCUUUUCCUCGGUGUGAUAGGCGGAGUCCUUGGUGCCCUUCUUAUCAAGCUUAACGUAGCAGCGGCCGUUUAUCGGCGUCAUAGUAUUCUUCACCAGAUGCCAAUACUCGAAGUUGUAGGUGUCACGGCUAUCACUGCGGCCGUCAGCUACCUGAUCAGAUGCAAAUUCGACUCCAGAGUACAGUCUUCAGAACUAGUCGCCAACCUCUUCCAGGAGUGUGAUCCCACCCGCGGCGAUUUCCACGGGCUGUGCAACCCGAGUGCGAUGUGGGAAAAUAUCUUCCUUCUCACCCUCACCGCUAUGACCAAAAUUGGAUUCACUGCGUGGACGUUUGGUAUGAUGGUGCCAGCAGGUAUCUUUCUUCCUACGAUCGCAAUUGGUGCCUCUCUCGGCCGUGCGGUUGGUCUAAUGACCCAAGGUCUACACCGAGCAUAUCCGAAGGCGUGGAUAUUUUCAGCUUGUCCCCCAGAUCCAUCUGUGCGCUGUGUAUCGCCAGGUUUCUACGCAGUUAUCGGUGCUUCAGCCAUGCUCGGGGGCGUUACGCGAAUGACGAUAUCUCUGGUCGUCAUACUUUUCGAGCUGACAGGCGCACUCUCACACGUCCUGCCCAUCAUGAUAGCCGUCAUGGUUUCAAAAUGGGUCGCAGAUGCCUUCGGAAAAGAGGGCAUAUAUUCUAUCUGGAUCGCUAUGCGGCGGUACCCAUGGCUCGCACCCGUCGAGUACCAUGACAAGGGAGAAGUGGCCGGGCAGCUGAUGGUUCCAGCUAAAAACUUAGUCGUUGUGCAGAGUGGGGAGGUCUCUCUCGGCGAGCUGAGCCAGCUAGUCAAAAUAUGGGAAUAUCAAGGCUUCCCCGCUGUGGGGAACAAAAAGCUGCUUGGAUUCGUGGCAAGGGAAAAGUUGAAAGCAUAUAUCGAAUUGGACCGCAAGUGCAGUUUCUCUCAACGUACUUCUCCUUCUGCAGACAUGCUCGAUUUGUCUGCGCUACUUGAGGAUGUCUUACAGCUGCGGAAAGACCUCCCUCUCGAGCUCGUUGUGAGCAUGUUCCGCAAAUUGAAUCUGCGGCACAUCAUGUUCACCCAAGCCGGUGAGCUGACUGGUAUGAUCGCAAAAACGGAUAUUGUGGCCCUGUCGACUGCUCAUUUCCCUCACACCGCUGCAUUAGCUGAACACCCAGUCGGCUAG